GUUAAACGAUCCUAAAUUCAAAGAUGGCGGAAGAAAUUGUUGUCUGUUUCUAAGACGAUCGAGAAUUGAAAAUUGCCAUCUAAGGAACAAAAUGCCGCCGAAAAGACCAUCUUCAGCUCGAAGGAACAUCAAGCAUGUCACCUUUUCACCAUUUGUUAGCUGUGCCAGGCUCCGUCAUGUCCAAUCCUUGUUGAGAAAUCCAGGAGAGGUAGACUCGAGCAAACCAGAUGCUAUCCUUUGUAUCUUAGGAAUUGAUAGCAGGUACAAUGAAGGAAACAGAGAGCUUAGCAACUACCUUCUAUUUGGUUUCUUUGACACCAGACAGGCAGAACUUGAAAGUUCUGGUUUCGCAGAGGAAACAAUUGAUGAUCUGAUGUUUUUGAUCAAGAAGAACAGUGUCCACAUUUACUGCAAUCCAACCAACUACUAUUACAUCCUGCCUUAUGUAGCCCAUUGGCCUGACUUACGGUUUCAUCUUAUGACAGAAUCUGAGUAUGAUGAGGAGGAAGCCGCCGAGGAAUUCAAGAUCGUUAGUUUCUUGGAUAUGGUCAGAGGUUGUGCUCUUGUCGGUGUUCCUUACUUUGCUAAAGGUCACUGUCAGCCCUUCAACCCGAUGUUUGUGGAGAAAUGGCCUAUUGUACAAGCAUACGGAUUAGAAGGAUACGCAACGGGAGGAUUCUUCACUAUGAUGCAUGAGGUAAUUGACAUCAGUAGUCCUCUUGCAUCUGUUUAUGACAUUGUUGACCCUGUUGCCUUGGAAACCAUAGUGACCAAUCAACUACCCCUCUUCGAGCGUCAGUGGUCAUCCUUGCUGACAAAUGUGGAUGUUUCCUAUAAAGCCAAGGCCUUUUCAACACUUCUAGAGGGGAUGGUAGGAGAGCCACUGAAGAGUUACUACAGCCAUGGGAAGGUGUCCAACUUAAGAAACAAUGAAGGGCAAUCUGGUAGGAAGCCAUACGUCCUGUUUGGUCAGAACUCGAUGAAAGCUCAUAUGAAUGUAACCCAAGAGGGUGGAAUUCUACCAGGGAAAACUCUUCACAUAUCGGGUGUAGGGGACACUCCAGCUAAACAUAUGAUUUGUCAGUUGGUUGCACCCAGAAGCCCUCUGUGUUGCGCUCGAACCUACUUCACAUCCAGUGGCCACGCCCCCUACCCCAUCACAGGGGGUUCUGCUCAGGCACCACGCCCGCCAAAGACAGAUAUUGAACUUCUAGAGAGACUAUAUAAGGUCGUGAUAGAUUCUGUUUUGACAUCAAUUAAUGAGUAUUGCAAGACAACUAGCUACUCAAAGGCUGAAGCAUGUUGUUUGUCCUCACUGAAGGAAGGAUUUACAGAGGAACACCUGAAACUAGGACCUGGCUUCCUCACAAACAAAGCCAACAUUGACUUUACCCUAGAAGCCCUCACCCAAGAAGGAAACACCAUAGAGCUCAGAGAUGACAAGGUUCCCCUCAUCAAACUGGUGUCAUUGGUGGUGUAUGAUAUUCCCAGUGUUGAGCACCCUAAUAACAGCCUUGGAUCUGUAGUGUUUGCUGAAAGCUUCUUGGACUCUUCCAUUCCAGUGCUACAGAAAGAUGGAAGCAUCGAAAUGAAUCCAGAGUGUCUGAUUCUGACUAGGCACCUCCCCCGCACUGUCACUUGGGCUGCGGACAUGAAGCCAUCUGACAUUGAGAAUAAUAUCAGUCUCUACACCAAGAAUCCUGAGAGUCCAUUUGGCAGUGUGCUAUUGAAUGGUGUGAACUGUACAAUGCUCGGCAGUGUGGAGUUAUCAGCCCCUAGUGAUGGUGUGCUAUAUGUCUUUGAGAAAGGUAUCAUCUUCAGUCAUCCACGCAAUGGCCUGACAAUACUACCAAAGUCAUACUAUGAAGAACUCCACUUUUAUGAUGGGGGUUCAUCCAGUGUGUUGGCCUGUUUGAUGAUCACCUACAGACAUUCCUUACAGUACUAUCAGCCAUUACAGAAUCACAACGCCGGAGACAUGGUCAUGUUUGCCUUCCCACCAAAGACUAAUGCCUACAGAAUGCUCUAUAAAGAGGUGAUCGGAAGAUGGCAGCAGGAAAAUCAAUCACCGGUCCUGAAGCAGUUGGAUGCCAUGCCUGAGUAUUAUACCAAUACAUACAAUGAGUUGCAGCAUAACUUUGUGACUGAUGCGAGACUGCAGAAACAAGUACCAUCUCUGACCCAGGCCAGUGUCUACCUAUCCACUCUCAAUAGUUUUCUGACUCACUUGUCAGUAAGCAGUGUUAACCCUGACCCUGUCCGGGAGGCUGAACUACCGUCCAUCCUCGACCCAACCACUGAACAGUCACAGAAUAGCUCUGAUGCAGAUGAGGUUGUGAUCACAUUGUUGACUGGUAUUACAGGAAGCCACAAGGAGACCCUAUGUACAACCCUCACCAACCUAGCCAAAGAUUAUAACAGAUGGGCCAUUCUGAGAGCACCGUUUGGCGUCCCCCAUGCAUACAAGAAGGAUCAGCUUGAGGCUUCAUUGACAAACAUCGUGACAGCAGCAAGGCGACAGAAGGCAUCUAUCAGGGCUUCCACAGGAGGAAGAAAGAAGAUGAGAGUGCUGAUCAUGACUCCAGGGUUCACAGAUACAGUCUCAGUGGUGUCGGCCAUCUUGAAUCACCCCAACAAUGACAUCAGAGGAUCACUGAAGAUAGGCGCUGUAACAACUUGCAUUGAUCCACUCCAAGCCUUCAUAGAACACAGAAUGACCUUUCCCUUAUUGCUUGAUCAGUGUGCUCAAGGAUGGGUUAAUAACAUCCUCCUGACUAGCUGUACAGAGGGUCCACACCCGGAGCUCAUGUUCAUUCAGGAACUACUGCGCAAGGUCAAUUCAGAUGUGGCCUUCAUCCUUGCCAACUAUGGAGAAAUCUCAAGGAGCGGCGAUGCUGAGUUGAUUUUGUCUGAGACGGCUUUCAUGGAACCCAGUAAAGUCAGGGCAAGGCAUCUCCUCAUUCCACAGUGGUCGUCACCAGAGUUCAGCAGACAGUUGACCCCCGUCAUGACGGAGGUCAGCUUGAAGUUCAGCCAGCCACUGGACCGGUCAAGGCUCUUGACCAAGAUCAGGAGCCUGCGGUCAUCCCUCGUGUCAAGUCCGUUCCAAGGCAACAUCUACCACAUCGAAGCUAGGACAAGAUUCAAUGAAUCAAACCAGUUGAUGGAACUAACCUACUCCACCCUGAGUGGCCAUCUGACUGAGUGCCCCGCCCCUGAGGUACCCGCUGCCAGACCCCCUAGCGGUACCCCCAGGGCUCCCCUCCCACCGGGGGCAUCCACCAACGGUCCCCCCACCGAGGCUGGAGGGGAUAACAACGGUCAUGAGGGUCCCCAGCAUUGCUUCAUGUUCACUGGCUGUGGUUUGAAGGAGGUUGACCUCAAGGACUGGCUCAGGGCUUGUGCAACACCAAAACCAACUCCCAAAGCUUUGAAAACCAAAUCAUCUCUGAAUGCAGCAGAGAAGAAACAGAUACAUGAGAAGCACCAUCUAGCCUCCCUGCCAGCUGGCUGGUUCUACAAUGGUAGUCAAUAUGUCAGCAUGACUGGAGAGAAGACUAGCACACACCCAGAAAUGGACAAGUUCAUAUCAGAGUUUGUGGAGAAGAGCAACAUUGCAAUCAAGGAAUACAACGAUGGCAUAGCUGCUCAGGAAUACAGGGAUCUAUUCCAGUGAAUAACAGUGUAUAUCUUCAGGAAGUUACCUCAUCAGUUAUCAGGCCUAAUUAAAGGGGAAGUUCACCCUGACCAAAACUUUGUUGUAUAAAGAGCGGAAAAAGAAUAAUAUAAAAUAUUCAUUUACAGCUAAGCCCAGCGCACACUAUGCGAUUCGUUGCGAUCCCAAUUAAAAAAAAAUUGCAUUAACAUUUCAUAUGAACAUUCCAACCCAUAAAAUCUUAGCAAUCAGUGUUCGAAAUAGUGGAAGGAUUAUGCUGAAAUCGAAAUUCAGUCUAGUUCGAGCCUCGAUGUAGGAAUAAAGAAACUUGAAUUCCAAAUUUUAAUGUCAUCAUCACAUGCGACAUGAAGCCAAUUUGGACAAUACUCCAGCCACAGGGCUUGCCGCAAAGCAAAAUUAUGAUUUUGUUAUUCCUAACAUUACGCCGAAUUUCAAAGAAAAUAAUUUUGCUUCUUGGAACUUUAACAUUUAAUGCAAAUUGCAAUUUAUUGAAAAAUUGCAUGGCAUUGCGUUGCAUAGUGUGCGCUGGGCUUAACAACUUUAGUACUUCGCCAUAAUGGCAAUUACCAUGGUAACAGGGCUCAGCAGCCAAUCAUAAUCAAGGUUUCCAUGGUAGCUGCAAUAAUGGCUAAGUUACCACAGUUGGAAGUAUUCAUAAAAAAGGCCAGAUUAAGAAAUUUCAUCACCUCCUUACCUUAUCUAGUUAACUCCAUUCAAUACAUAAAAUGGAAAUUUGCUUUUGAGAUACUGGCAGUUCUUUUGCCAUGUCAUGUUUCUAUAAAAUAACCUUUGCCACAUGGUUUGCUGAUGUGUACCUUAAAGAGGUUAUAUAUUUACGAAAUGAUUGAAAUUAAUUGGAAUUGAUUGAAACAUUUUAUCACCUCCAUACCUGUAAACUCCAUUACAUAAACUAGAAUAUGGCAUUCAGUGCAGGGGUGAGAAGAGUUCAAGUUACACGCUUUUAGGGCCUAAGAAUGAAUAAAAAAUUCUCCCUUAGUUUAUUAGUGGGGAGAGCCUGCAUAGAUAUUUUUGCUCAUGUACGUCCGACCCCCUAUAUGUGGGACCUUCAUGAAAUUUUCUGUCUCUGAUUUCUUGUUCUUUUGAUAGUCUGUAUUGCUCUCAAAUUACCAUGACUUGGUCAGUUUAUGAAGUGAAGUAAAACUUGAGAAAAAUGGGGGUCGGACGUACAAAAGGGUUAUUUUAUGGAACCGCCCUCAUGCCAAAUUCAGUCAUUUUGAUUUUGGGAUCAUAUGUGUAGCACUGGUAAAAGAUAUCCAUGAAAGCCUGGCAUGUUACAGCUUGCUGAUCUGAGAGUAAGCAGAUUUAUCAUCGUAACAAAAAUAAUUACCGUAUAUGUAAAGAUGUGUAUAAAAUGUGUACACGACAAUGGUUAAUAUCUUGUUUAAACUUCAAAGUGACUGGAAUGCUGGUGCUAAGCGUUGCAUUUAUAUGCUUCAUACUGCAUUUCUCAUUGCUUUCCAGGCCAUUUUUGGCUCAGUGGUAGCUUGUCGCCUCGUGAAAAAGAAGGUAUUGGGUUCCAUCCCCAUUUGAGUCACUCUAUAAAAGAUUCGUUAAAAAUGGGAUAUUCUGCCUUUUAGCUGGGCUCUGCUGGUAGAGAAGAUUUUGAAAUGAAGUGGCUUCUCUGGGUAAUUACUCUACCAAAUGUGUACUAUGGAAACGUAUGAUUGCUUGUAAAUCUAUUCAGGGUCCAGAAACCAAUAACAUAUCCUUGCAAUUGAUUCCUGGGGCCCGUCUUACAAAGAGUUGCGAUUGAUCCAGUCAAUCGCAACUAUGGAAAGCCAGCAAAGUCUACAUAUGAAAUGCAUGUUUGGUUAAAUUUUUUCUAGAUAUGAUUGUAUAUCCAUUAAUUUCUUGACAAUUUGAUGUGUUCUCCUUCGUUUACAAAGGACAUUUUGCAAAUUUCCUGUAGAAAAAAAUUAUGGCACUAAUGGAUUUCCAUAGAGUUACGACUGAUUGGAUCGAUCGUAACUCUUUGUAAGACGGGGCCCAGAUCUGCUUCUUUCAACAAGAACUGUAUUUGAUACAGCCUAAAUUGAGCUAUCAAUUGUAAAAUUGCUAGAAAUUUGAUGUUGAUAAUGAUUGCAAUAGUUGUUUAUUUUUGCAACACCCUCUAAUAAGAAGUGCAGCUUGAGGUGCUGUAGGUGAUUUGUUCUCAGAAUGACUACCCUGUUUUUGCUGUUGGAUUUCACAUGUAUGUUUUAAACACUUCAUUAUUAAAUGCAUAUUCAAGUACAAUAUAUUCAAGGUACAUGACUUGCAUGCAAAUGGUGUAAAUCAUUCUCACUGUAUAAACUGUUCAUCACUUGUAUGUUAUUUUUCUACAUUGUUUCCUACAUUGCUUUUGAUCUUAAAAUUGUCCGUUAGCUUGUAGUCCAAGUAAAGCAAAUGAUGGCGUCCAUACCUGAAUUAUGUUCAUCAUGACAUUCAAUGUUAUUGCUGCCAUUAUUAGGAUCAUCAGUAUACAAAAUAGUACACCUGUAUUUGGCCCAAAACUGUGCCAUGCACAUGUGCAAGACAACUGCGACCCAUCCCUCUCAUAUCUCCACAUGUAUCUCAAAAAGUUUUUCGGUCAAUUUAUUGUCUUUGGAGCAUACUGGCCGUCGAUAAAAAAGUAUACAAAAUAGAACGCAUUGGUUUUAUUUUUCUGCACUUCUGAAUCUAGGGCACUGUUGCCAAAAUGACAUCUUCGGAAAAUCUAAAGCAAGUUUGCAAGCACGAUGUGAGUUUGGAGAAUACCCGUCAUUCUGGCAAGUUUCUGUGUCACAGGAUUAGUAUUGCAAACGUAGAGCUGCCUACUGACUGAAUAACAAAGAAUGUGUUUCCACAUUGAAAUGUUUAAUUCUCAGUGGUGCUUUAAGAAUGAAUCAAGACGAGUCACUGCUGUGAAACUGAAAAUAAUCAACAUUCUCACAAGGUUUGAAUUAAGUGUUUUGUAUGAUCAUGCAGAUUUUGUGGCAGAACCAUAGAUGUCAUUUUGAAUAGCUUUGUCACCCAAAAAAAAUCAUAAAAUUUGUGACUCUACCAUCCAGAAAAUAUUUCCAUGUGCUAAAUUCUAAAGUGCUUUAAAUUUUCAUAUAAUAGUUUUGAAGUCAUGUUGUGUUAGAAAGAAAAUAAUUUAUCAUACAUAUCUGUGAGAUGUAGUUAAUAUUUACAAGUUAUAUAUAUAUUAUACGUAUAUAUGUACAUAUGUUAGUGGCUGAACUUACUGCCUCUCUGUAAUUAAGGAGUUUGAGUGUAUAGUAUAUACUGUGUUUUUUGUGUUCUGUUCUAAAGAUAUUAAGAAAAACUGAAAUGAGGUCUUAUCAAUCCGUUUGGAGCCUAGAGGUGAGAUCAUUCCAAUAAAGACCAAUUUAAGCAGCCUUUGAUAUAUUUAUGAUCCGUCCAAAUGCAAGUUCAUUCGAUUGACAUUCAGAAGCCUUGAUUAUCACACGUUUGAUACAUGUACUUCAGAUAGCUUUCAAGAGAAAAUCCAAUGAGCAUGAGCAUCAUUGAUUUUUUUUUUCAGAGUGCACUAAUGUUUGAUGUGCUUUGUAAAUAAAUUGUUCUAAACAAAAUUGAA